CCUUCAAAAGUUUUAGACAGAGAGAGAGAGGUGUGAGAGAGACGAGAAAUGGCUUUUGCUUGUCUCUUCGCUCGGUAACUCCCAAAAGGCUUUUAAUAAAACCAUCCCAAAUUUGUCAGUACAUAUUGGCCGUUUCACGACCAAAUUACGCAAAAAGCAAAGGCAAAGCAAAACGUAACUGCUUUUGCUUCUUCCUACUUCGUAACUUUCCCGGUCAGUUUUCAACUUUUUCAUUUUCUUUUGGGGUCUCCAAUAAUGUCCUCCUCCGAAAUGGCGGACCAGCAGUUCUUCUCCGAGCCAUUCUCUCCCCUCUCGGACAUUGACCUCCUCCAACUCCAAGCAAUCUCCGACCAGCAAAGCCAUCAAAACGCAACAGACACCACCUCAGAAAUGGCGGACCUACAGUUCUUCUCCGAGCCAUUCUCUCCCUUCUCGGACAUUGACCUCCUCCAACUCCAAGCAAUCUCCGACCAGCAAAGCCAUCAAAACGCAACUGACCAUAACUCUCCGUCUCUCCUCUCUUCUUCUCCCCCAAGUUACCAGCUCGAAACUCUAAGCCUUUACCGGCAAACCCAGUUGCACCAAACGGAACAAAAUUGUCCAAAUUUGCCAAUUGGGUGGCCGAAUUUAUCUCUUUUUGAUGCUCAGGAGGUUAAAACUGAAGAAUUUCAUCAAGUUCUUGAGCCUCAUAGCUAUGGCGGGGCGGAGAAUGUCGCAAGGUUUAUUCAGAGGAGCUACAGCAGCAAAUGCUUUGAUGGAAAUAAUAACAAGCCUAGAUUUUACUUCCAGCCGAGCUUUGAUUCUCUCAUGGAGUCCCCAAGUUUUCAGGACCAAGCUUUGAGCUUGAGCUCUCCGGAAAGCCGCCUUUUGCCUGGUCAAAUGAGAAGGGUAUCCAGCACUGGUGAUUUGCAAAAUUUGCGAACAAAUCGUGCUCCCAGAGAGAGCUCAGUGAUGGAAGAAGCAGCUGCAAACUUCAAAACGGGGAGGUACAGUGCAGAAGAGAGGAAAGAGAGAAUCUCAAAGUACAGAGCCAAAAGGUCACAGAGAAACUUCAACAAAACAAUUAAGUAUGCAUGUCGAAAAACACUAGCAGACAAACGACCCCGCAUACGUGGCAGAUUUGCACGUAACGACGAGACCGGUGAGAUUCUCAAAGCUGCAUGUUCAAGUACCAGAGAAGAAGACGGAGAUGAGCUCUGGGUUGAAGGGUUCAAUGUAGAAGAGGAAGAGAUGAAUGCAACAGUAAGAGGAGGAGGAGGAGGAGGACAGUUUAUGAGCAAUUUUGGAGCUACCCAGCUUCAGUACUAUGGAUGUUGAGUUUUGAUAAGUUGAGCAAAAGGUAUUUUACUUUUUUUGGGGGCCGGGGUUUUCUAGAAUAUUUAGGUUUAGACCACAACAUGGCUAAAAAGUCUUUUUGUAUAAAAGCAAAAGAAGAAUCAAAGAGUUUUUCACCAAAAAAAAAAAAAAAAAAAAAAAAAGAAAGAAUCAAAGAGUUUCUUUUGCUUUUCCUUUUUCUAUUUAGUGAAAUAAAACACCUUUUGUUAAGCUCAAUGCUGCAGUUGGGUAGUUGUAUUGUAGGUGGUAGAAUAUUUAGGUUCGAAUCAUUUAUAACUCCUCUGUAUAUGUGUGGUAAUGCAUAAUAUAAUCUAAUAUUUUAUGUCAACGUCAAUGUCAAUGUCAAUGUUAUGGUAGUUUCAAUUUCACAUGCCUGUAUAUCUUCCUUGUAAUUCUUAUCAUCAAAACAAAGUGGGUGUAUAUU